UCUCCAGGUGAUCUCUCUCUAUCUGUGAUCAUCUAUCUUCUUAUGUCAUUUUAGGGGAUUGAACCCUGUUUGGAUUGUUCUUGUUCUCAUUGAAUCAAUACUAGUUUUGAAGGAGGGAAAACAAUGAGGAAUUCAAGUAUUUUUAACAAGUUAGGGAUAUGGAAAGGAGGGAUACAAAGUUUCAUCUUUGCAUUAGGUUUCUUUGCUCUCGUCCUUAGUCUUGCAACCAUAUCCAGAUUCUACUCUCCUAGUUCUCUCAUCAACACUGAAUCCUUAUGCAAAUCUGACCAUUCUGAGACACAAGGAGGAGGAGGAGGAACCGAAAGCUCUGCAGCAAACAAGACUAUACAAGCCGUUAUUCGGAAGAUUGAAGAAGAGAUGAGAAAUAUGAAAGAUGCACCAACUGAAUCAGCAGCAUUGAGGUACAAUACUUUCCUUGCAGAUAUAUUAGGUGUGCUUAAAUCAGCUCAAGUGCCUGUUACACAAUUUGAGAUGGAAAAUUUGGAAAGAGUGGUUCACCCUUUAGCGAAAAGUAGUGAAGAAGCCGUAGAACCGGCAAAUUAUUUCUUAACAGAAGAGAUUAGAAAGUAUGUUAAGAUUAAGCCAAAUAGACUUGGCAAGCAGAAUUUCAUGGGAGCUAAUGGAACAUUUACUAGUAUAGGACAUGCUUGUUUUUCAAUGAAGAGUGAUUUGCAAGAGUAUAUGGAUUAUGAUGUUGGAGAUAUCUGCAAAGAUGAUUGGAAACUUGCACAAAAGUUGAUGGUUCAUGGCUGCGAUCCGCUUCCUAGGCGGAGGUGUUUUUCGAGAGCUCCAAAACUGUAUUACAAACCGUACCCGAUUAAUGAGUCGCUGUGGAAGCUUCCUGAUGAUCGAAAUGUCCGUUGGAGCGGGUACAGAUGCAAGAAUUUCACAUGUUUAGCUAGCAAUACUUCAAGAAAAGGGUUCUUCAAAUGUGCAGAUUGUUUCAACCUUACCCACCAUGAAAAGCCUAGAUGGAUUCAACCUGUUGCUCUAGACCCCAGAUUGAACACCACUGCGGAUUUUCUGAUACCCGAGGUGCUAAAUAUUAAACCGGGGGAGAUCAGGAUUGGAUUGGAUUUCAGUGCUGGGACAGGAAGUUUUGCUGCAAGAAUGAGGGAGUUCAAUGUUACUAUAGUUACAGCUACAAUCAAUUUUGGAGCUCCUUUUAGUGAAAUGAUUGCUCUUCGAGGACUAAUCCCGCUUUACUUGACUAUAAACCAACGACUACCGUUCUUCGAUAACACUCUCGAUAUCAUACACACGACGAGAUUUCUAGACGGAUGGAUUGAUUACAUGUUUCUAGACUUUGUGUUGUAUGAUAUGGAUAGAGUUUUAAGACCUGGUGGUUUACUUUGGAUUGAUAGUUUCUUUUGUUUGAAACAUGAUUUGAGAAAUUAUCUGGAGACAUUCAAGAUACUUAGAUAUAAGAAACAUAAAUUCGUUGUUGUGCCUAAGCUCGAUAAAGAUGACGACCGAGAAGUGUUCUUCUCAGCGAUACUUGAAAAGCCCCCAAGGCCAUUUUGAUGCUGCUUCGGAAAUCUCCAUCAACUGUUAUCAGCUUUCUUUUUCUCCAUUUUUACACAUUCCUUCAUUGUAGUACGUUUUGUGA